AUGUCACGUCCUCGCCUUCGUCCUCGCCGCGGUUCCGCUACGGGCAGAGAAAGACUAGCGGUGGCAGAGCGUGGUGAAGAGGAUGGUGGUCGUGUUUGUUCCUCACUGAUGGCAUCUCCAUCAACUUCAACGCCCAGUUCCUCGACGACGACGAAACCCUCGAUUUGGCAGAAGAUGCUUCAACCGUUCAACGAAGAUGAUGGAGAGGUAGAGGGCGGCGUUGUAUGGAGCGAGGAGACGGACUCAUUGGUCUUGAGCUCCGGUAAUGUCGGCACCGACAUAGAUGGAAGGCAUUGGGAUGCAGAUUCAAAGUACCUUGAUGCAGAAAAUUCAGUUAUCUCCACCGCCGCAUUCCAAGAUCCGUCACUUUCCGAUGUGAUUCCAUACAUGACAGCAAGAAUUUUCCCAUCCGAGGCGACGUACAAGUUCCCAGUGAAGUUAUAUAAGCGUUACUGGCUUAGGCUCCAUUUUUAUCCGUCGGCCUACGGCAAUUUCAAUCCUGUAGACUCCUAUUUCUCCGUUCUCGCGAAUGGUCUCACGCUCUUGAAGAAUUUCAGCGCUUCGAUUACUUGUCAGGCCCGUUCACAAGCAUACCUUGUGCGAGAAUAUUCCCUCGCGCCAUUGGAAUCGGAUAUUCUGACUGUCGUCUUCAGCCCUUCCGAUAAGCAUGCCGGGGCUUUUGCGUUUAUCAAUGGGAUCGAGGUGAUUCGAAUGCCAGACUUGUUUGACGCUGCAACAGUGGUGGGGUCGCCUGAAGAAUUUGAUGUCAUGAACUUGACGACGGAGACAAUCUAUAGAUUGAAUGUCGGAGGGCAGACUAUUUCUCCGGCCAACGACUCCGGUCUUUCCCGGGCGUGGUACGACGACUUGCCGUAUAUACCUUACGCUGCAUUGGGGGUCACCACUUCGGCUAGCCCAGAAGUUAAAAUCGAAUACCAAGAAAAUGUGUAUAGAACGGGCAGAUCAAUGGGCGCAGUGAAUAGUAUGACACAGAGCUUUAACCUCACAUGGGAGUUCAAGGUUGAUCCAAAGUUUAUGUAUCUUGUAAGGUUACAUUUCUGUGACUAUUACAACACCGAACCAAAUCAGCAGGUGUUUUCUAUCUUCAUCAACAAUCAAACAGCAGAGGAAAUGGCGGAUGUGAUUGAAUGGAGUGGGGGGACUGCAGUGCCAACCUACAAAGACUACGUGACAUACGUGAAUGAUAUUGGGUGGGGAGAUGAUCAGACAGUACCGACGCUUUCGGUAAAUCUGCAUCCCUCAGACGCAACAAGGCCUCAGUUCUUAGACGCACUGCUCAAUGGUCUUGAGAUAUUCAAGCUCGCUGACUCCGCCGGCAACUUGGCAGCUCCCAAUCCUCACCCUUCACCUAUGCCUGUCUUUUGA